AUGCCGAUGCCGGCACAGCUUUCGGAGGAGGAGUCCGUUGCGGCUUCAUCGCAUUCGCAGCGCUUCGAGCACACCAACGCAAGCAGCUACAAGUAUGAGCACACCGGGGCCAGCACUCUCAAGAAGGCACAUUCCUGCCUCUCUCAAGGCACGACGGCACUGACGGGAUUAACCCCCGACAACAAAAGCGUAGUGUCAGAGUCGCAUGCUUCAGUUCCGGAGCUCAAUGCCGUCAAGGCCGAUGUUGAGAAUGCCUUGCCCUGUGGCGAAGCAGUCAGCAUCUGGACGCGGUCGACCAUUGGGAUUGUGUUGAAUGGAUUCCUUCUUGCCUUCUUGAGUGCCACCUGCAGUGGUGUUAUCUACGGCUUCUUUCUGGGCUACAUGGGCUUAGAAUCCUAUGUCCUGGCAUCCAUUGCAGCACUCAUGAAGCUUCCGGAUGUCUUCCCCUUACCUUAUGGGAUUCUCACCGACUGCUUUCCCAUCCGUGGGCAGAAGAGGAAGCCUUGGCUCUUGAUUUCUUGGGCCAUCUCGGCCGGUGCACUCCUUACAAUGUGCCUGAAGCCCCAACCUGGCCCCUUCUACUGCUUCGAGAACGGGGAGUACAACUGGUAUGUGCCACCCUGCAACCCUGGGAUCCUGAAAGAGAAGAAUUGGUACGUCUUCCCGAUGUUCAUCUUGACAGCUGGUCUCCAGCUAGGCAGCGUCUCGGGUCAGGCCCUGCUUUUGGAGUACUCACAGCUUGAGCCGCUGGAGCGUCGUGGGCAGAUCAAGGCGGAGAUGACCAUGGUGUGCACGGCAGGGUCCCUGGCUUCCUCUCUGUUUAUUGGCAUCUUCAUGAACAGCAAGGAAUACUUGGGUACCUUCGACUGGGGCUUGUCCUUCAGUGGUCUGAUGGCUGUUUGCCUGGUCCUGGUCAUCUUGAUCAUCCCUGUGACUGUCAUGUGUGUGUAUGAGCCUCCCAAAUCAGGGCAACGGACAUCGUGCCGCGCUCAUGUCAUGUCUUCUUGGGAGCUCGUGCAGGGGAAGGCACUCUCGAGCCUUCUUUUCUUCGCCUUCUUUGUCCAGCUGUUGGUCUCCAUGACGACGACCGCCGGACCAAUGGUCCGGAGCCAGUGGGCGCAUGUGAAAGUUCUGCAGCAGCAGAUGUUUGGCAUGGCUGGUCUGGGCAUCAUGAUGGCGGCCACCUGGGUCUACAGAGUGUACUUUCUUCAGGCAAGCUGGAGAAAAGCCAUCUUUGUAGCGAUCUUCGCAGUGAACGUGCUCGAUGCCAUCCCGCAAUUCCUCACGACUUUUGAUUUGGUGCGGAACCAGUACUUCUACCUGGGCGAAGACGUCGUGAGCUCCAUUCCCAACGCCGUCUUGCAAUUAGUCUCGAACCUGAUGAUCAUCGAGCUCGCCGAGCCGGGCCGGGAGGGUCUCUCUUAUGGCUUGAUCGGAACUUUGCAGCAAUCCGCUUUGCCCUUUGCCACGGUGCUCAGCAACCAGGUCUAUGAGCUUUUCGACCCGAAGCUCUCGAACCUUGAGAACUACAUCCUGGACACUCCUCAGUUUCGCUCGACCGUCGCAUGGUCCUAUGUGUUGACCUACACCACCUCGUUCCUUGCCUUGGCAUUGCUCCCGAUGAUUCCAUGGCAAAAGGCCGAGGCUCAUAGGCGGAAGAAGGAGUGGAGCUCCAAUUCCGUCAUGGCAGCCAUUGUCCUUGUGAUCCCGGCCCUCUGCUUGACCUACGGAAUCAUUGUCUUGCUGCUCACAAGCCAGCCUGAGACAGCUUGCCUUCGUUGGGUGGGAGGCCAGGGCUGCGAAGAUGAGGCCGAGGUGAAUUCGACCCCGGUGCCCUCGGUUUUCGAGGUUCUGGAAUAUGCAGGUAUCGUGGGUUUUAAGCAACAGUCCCGGGGAGUGGCCUGGGCCUUCGUGCUGUCCGAUGUCCUCUCCGCCCAGGAGCCUGAGUUCUGCCUUCUUGAAAACAUCAACGCUCGUUUGCAACCUCGCGGGCAAGAUGGUGAUGCUGAUCUUUUGGUGCUGUGGCUCUUUCUUGCAGUGCGAACCUUUGAGCGAGGUCUGAGCUUGAAUGGACUGACAUUGGUGGGCUGGGACAACGGUGGCUUGACAGAUGUGCUUGAUGCAGGGAAUUGUGAUCUGCGAUUCUUCCGAUCCGAUUACGGAGAUGCACACCGCAUCAUCAGAGAUGCCAAUGGCCUGCUUGGAUUACGAAAGGCUGAAUGUGGAGGCAGCGACGUUUCAUUUUCCGUCUCAGACCACAGCUGCAGUGCAACUGUUUGCUUUGCUGUGGACUGGACUAUACUGGACUUCAGAUGGCCGUACGGACUUGCUGUAUGUUAUGUCAAUGCAGAAAGUGCGAAGCUUAUGCUUUGGACGCAGCUGGCGAACAGUAUCGCGGAAGCGUUCAGCGCAGAGUCACCUGCGCUGAGGGCACAUGUCCAGCUGGUUCAUUCCAACCUCGCCGUCAGACAGAAAAUGGCUUGGCGGCCUAUCGAUGCAAAGUCUGUUCGAACGGUUCGGACCUUCAUGACGAGAGCCCUCCUCUUCCCAGUGCUGGUAAAAGCCUUGGGUUGCGUCGACGAAAGCGCAGCUGUCGCUGGAGCAUGUGUCGAGACCGAGGUGGAGUCACUGUUGCAGAGACCGGCCUCGGUCCGUGACGAGAUCCUGCACAUCGUGGACUUCCGGGAAGCUUUGACGAGAGUUUCUGUGUGCGAUGAGCUCGUCGCAUUGAAGCGACGUUUCGUCAACUACUACAGGGAAGUUGGCGCGCACAUCAAACACAGCGUCCACACCGACCUGGGGCAAACGGUUGACUGCAUCCCCUUCUUGAAGCAGCCUGCUCUUCUGUGGGCUGGAGAAGAGAUGAA